CAGCGCGCUGGGCGCGCUGCGAUCGUAUUCGAUGUCCUAAUUCGAUGUGAGUGGCGGCAAGAAACGGAUGCAUAUCGGUUCUCAAAAUUAGCGGUCGCUUUUCGCUGUUCCAUUAUGCACCGUCGCUCAAAAUCGCCCAAAAAAAUGACGGAACGUACGCUAACCAAGACCGAUAUUCAUAAGAUGGUACAGCGAAUUCGUUCCAAUAAAACGAGAGAAUCGCUGCGGAAAUUGGAGGGUGCAACCGCAUCGAAAGAAGCAAGCACUGAGGAUCUGGACAACGGGGAAGCCAGCAGCGGCGUGAGCGUGUGUAUCUUUCCCUGCAACAAUCCCAUCGAACAAGUGAUCGCGGAAUGUUUCAAGCACGCCAAGCACGCUCGAACUGCAGCGUCCCCCGAGACAUCGCAGUGUACCGCAUCCGAAGAAGUAACUGACGUCUCGUUAUCGGCGUGCGAAACCCUUCUGAAUCAGAUUUCUAAAAAGAUCGAAGAACUUCAAAAUGAGAUGAAGUUGUACCAGACGCAGAACGAGAACCUGAAAACUUUGCAACAGCAGUAUCACCAGAUGCUAGGUGACCUCCAAAAGGAGAAGGACGCGUUUGAAGCACACAAGCAAAAAGAAAUGCAGAAACUGAAGGCCGAAAUUGACGAGGAAAAACGAAAAAUGAGACUUCAGAAGAUGCACAAGGAAGCUCGCCAAGUUGUUGUCAGGGCCAAGCCAAAAGCAGCUGCACCUGAACUCCCCAAGAAGGCACCGGACGUCGAAGCCAGUAAUCAACUACAGAGGAAGCUGACCACAGUGACCAGCGAAAACACCCGCCUCAAGGCCAAACUCGAACUUGCGGAGCAGGACAGGGAUACCCUCAAGGCGAUGGUCAAGCAGCUGGAAGAACAGAGGCUCUCUCUGCUGGACAAGAUCGAAAAGUCGUCGGACGUGGGGUGCUACCCUGGCGUGGACAACCUGGCGGCGUCUCCGCGAAAUGGGGACUCUUUGGGUCCCCAUUUCCAAGUGGAGAGAGACCUUCGAUCCGCGCAGGAGAGCGCGCAGGGUGACAGCCUCUGCAGGGAAGUGAAACCCGAAAAGAGUGAAAGUUCCUUCGACCUCGCUUCCGAGAUCUGCAUCCGUGAAGGCGUGGCGAGGACCAGCGACGGAGGUUCCGACUCUGUUCUGUACGCCGCCACCGUCGUCGCGCGCCUCUCACUCGACAAUGCGUCGGCGAUGCGGGCGUCGAGAGAAGCAAAUUUGCCGGCAACUCGCAGCAGGAAUUUUUCCAGCCCCGUCUGGAACGGUGACCGUUAUGCGAUGGAGCGGGCAGAGCUAGCCGAAGAACGUGCGGUGAAAGAGAGCGUGGGCGGGGCCUUCGGGUUUGCCGCCAGGGACUUUGUGACCUCCCGAGACAGACUUGGCGUUGCAGGAUUUGGAAGUUGCAGUUACCUCGGUGAUGUUUGUGUCGAAGGAGAGAAUGUGAGAAACAAUCUGAGCAGUGAGAUCGAAAAACGCGUACGCUUCGAGUCGUCUUCGGUCUUUCAGCGGGGCCAGGAAAGACUCGACGACGCGACCGCAUUUGGCAGUCUUCAAGCACCGCCGAAAAACGCGUCGUGCGAGGUGCAGGACUCCGUGGACUUCCUCAACACGGUGACCAAAACUGGGAUCAUCACGAAAGAGGUCCUGAGAGGCGUUCCCAGAAGCGGACUGCUCGGCCUGAACGCCUCUCCGCAGCGUUGGAUGUCGUCAGAGAGCUUCGGCGUCAGGAACGUGUUGAGGCAAGGCGGAGGUAAGACGGUGCCCUCCUUGAUGCCAGUUCAUCGUGAAGGAGAGCGCACUAAUGGUGUUUUGGCAAACAACAGCGUUUUGGACGAAGACUCGAGCACCCGGAUCUGCAACUCCGGAGUCUGUCCGCGAGCCGACGGGGCCAGAGGAAACGACAUACGGUUGCCCGUUUCAACAGUGACGGAAGCUCGGGAGGCGAGCGACAACGUUCGCAAACAAAACGCGAUAGUCACAGAAUUGGUCGCAAAGUCGAGCCAAGAAUUUACGUCGAACAUGCCUUCGAGCGUACUUAAACAGCCCGGAGGGACGACGGUUGGUACUUCCGGAGCAGAACUGAAUCACGAGUUUGGAGUUGGCCACGGCGAGAACGGGCCGCAGCACCCGGAGAAACCAGGAAUUUCCACCGAGGAGGGAGCGUUGAGCCGCAAACCCGAAGGAACUAGGCUACACAGGCGGGUCUCGGCUGAAACGAAAGAACUUGAUAGCGGCGCAAGUUUGGGCUCUAAGAUCAAAAUAGGCGAGCGAGUGAGCGACGAGCACUCCGAAGAAGGAACGACCCAGGACCUUCGAGAUAUUCUGGAGAACUUGGACCCCAAUGGCACAAUUCAGGCCCAUUGGAAGGUCCCCGACCAGACACCUUUGGAGAAGCUCCCAGAUGGGGAAUCGGCAACCCGGCAUUCUAACGAGGGAAAAGUGGGUUCUUCGAUGAAAAAAUACUCGCAGGUGAAUGCACGGUCUCUAGACGCUUCAAAGACAUCCAGAGGAGUCACAGCGGCCAGGAAAUCGCAGUCGGUCCAGAUUCGGUCGUCCGCCGCGACGCGAGAGAAGAGCAAGGAGGGGAAUUCCAGCCGGACGUGGGCCUUGGAUUCCAAGGGUCACCGGAUGUUCCUCACAAUUGUUUCCAAGGAAAUUGAUCCUUUCACCCAGGUGAUAAUUUACACCUUCCAGAACGGGGACAAGAAGGACUUGUAUCCUGAUGGUAAAGUGGUGUAUCAUUAUGCCAAGAGCCAGACAGUUCAUACAGUGUACCCUUCUGGAAAGAAAGAAAUCCAGUUUGCAAAUGGUCAGAGGGAGCUGCACGGGAAAGACGGCAACAUUGAGGUGACAUACCCCAACGGAACCAUUCGCCGGGUGUUUAGCACCGGCGAGGAGGAACAGGAGGCCCCAGAUGGCACGGUUGCUCGGAGACUGAGGGACGGCACCGAGAUCGUUCACUACCCCAACGGGCAGAAGGAAGUCCGUCAUGAGUCUUACAGGAGCCGGUCCUACCCCAAUGGUACUGUGAAGACCAUAUACCCCAGUGGAAAGCAAAUCACAAAGUACUCAAACGGCAAAGUGCGUGUCAAGGAUGCCAACGGAACAGUGCUGGUCAAUACAUCAUCUUGAUAAUCUCUCG